AGUAUAAUGUGGUUUCAGACGCAUAUAUCUUAUUUCAAGUUAUUUGCUAACCUUGAUGUUGUUUGUUUAUUAUGUGACGAAACUUUAUAAACAUAUGAGGCUUUUAAUUUGGAAGAAACUUUAUCAAAAUGGCAGAUAAACCAGAAGACCCUUGUGAUAAUAAACAGGUGCCAGAGAUCAGACAAAUACCUACACUAUGUCUCAGGAAAAUAAUUACGAUCCUCUUUGCCUGGGAUUGGGACAAAGAUGGCUAUGCUGGGUAUGAUGAUAUAAUGAAUACAGCAGACAGGUUUAUCCACGUUGGUGAUAUGAAUGAGAAAUCUGCUGAUAAUGUAAUAGAGUUCUUCAGAGAUUUAACAAAGCGUACAAGUUAUAACCCUGUGGUAGAAAUUGUCAAUGUAACAUCUUUGUCCGAGCAGAUAGAAGGCCUUUGGAGAGCCAAGAGUAAUCCAGCUGCACUGAAGUCGUUGGGUCAAAUAUAUAUUCACAUGUUUCAGAUUAUUGAUGUCAAUGCCAAGGGAUUUCUUACAUUCGACGAGUAUUUGGUGUUUUGGAACGCAUUCGAUCUGGAUAAGAGAUUCGCAAGGAUGCAGUUUGACUUCAUUGAUACUAACCAAGAUGGAAAAAUAAGUGAAGAGGAGUUCGUGAAAGCUCACGAAGAUUACCUUGUGAACACAAACGAUGAUACGCUUAAUCGAUUCUACGGACCACUCAUUAACUAUUGA